AUGGACUUCUUCACAAAGCUCUGUACUUUGACUUCAACAUCAGGUCUGGAUGCUAAACAACAACAAAAGCAAGUACCGCCUCCGAAGAUUACUGGUAGUCCAGAGUUGAUAGCGCAAUAUGUCUAUAACGAUAUUCUAGCUGUUAAAACUCAAAUCAAGAAGUAUAAUGAAGUCACUGGUAUACUAGCUUCAAACAACCUUUACUAUAAAUUAUUCAAAUUGGUCGAGUCUGACCAUUCUAAAGAUUUGGAUGAUUUGAAAAAGAAGUUCGAAUAUGACAUAACCUCAACUCAAUAUAAACGUCAAUUAGUUCAGUUAUACAAAUCACAGUUGAAUGAUUAUUCCAACUUGUUGGAUAUAUUUAAGAAUAAUUAUAAUCAUGGAAUCUUUGAAUCUAAUAUUGUCAAGUAUAGAAAAUCAUCAAUACGUAGUAGAACAAGUAGUGUUAACGAAGGGUUCAAAAAUAACCAUAACAAUAAUAUCAACGAUCAAGCAAGUUCGAUCUUUUCAGUUCCAUCCAUAGAUUCUUCAUCUUCAUCCAUUAGCAACUUCUCCAUAUCAAACUCUCCCAAGCUUAUGUCAAGAAAACUGCUGUUAAAGAAGGUUUGUGAAGAAGAAACUGAUUAUGAUGUUAUAACCGAUGAAGCUCCAGAUACGUUAUUAGAUCCUAUUUCCUUUUCAUUAUUCAGUGAUCCAGUCAUAACACCAAGUGGAAUAACAUAUGAAAAGUCUCAUUUGAUUGAUCAUUUGAAUAAAACUGGUAAAUUUGAUCCUCUUACGAGAACUCCGUUAUACGAAAACCAGCUAUAUCCGAAUCUUGUGGUGAAAGAUACAGUAGAGGAGUACAUCAGAAUAAAGGAAGAAGAACUUUCACAAAGAGGUUAA